AUGGCUUCUCAGUACGGCGACCUGCGGCACCUGCUGCCACUCAACUACAAGAGCCUGAUCACCUCCUGGCUGGAGGAGGACUGUCCGAGCUUCGAUUAUGGCGGCUUCGUCGUGGGGGAAUCACAAGGAGAGGCUCGUCUGCUGGGGAAAAGCAAGGGUAUCGUGGCCGGGGUGCCUUUUUUCGAAGAAGUCUUUUCCCAAUUAGGAUGCACAGUGGAAUGGCACAUCCAAGAAGGCCAACCCAUCUCCGCCAACACCGACGUCACCCACUGCGCCACCGUCCGCGGUCCCAUCCGCAAGAUCCUCCUUGGCGAGCGCGUUGCCCUGAACAUCCUCGCCCGCUGCUCCGGCAUCGCCACUAAGAGCGCCUCGCUCGUCUCCGCCCUUCGCUCCCACGGCUGGACCGGUACCCUGGCCGGCACCCGCAAAACCACCCCGGGCUUCCGCGUCGUCGAGAAAUACGGCAUCCUUAUCGGUGGCGCCGAUCCGCAUCGCCACGACCUUAGCCAUAUGACCAUGCUUAAGGAUAACCACGUCUGGGCCUGUGCGAACAACUCGGCUGCGAGUGAUGGCGGCGCCGGUACGGAGUCGGUGGCUGCGGCAAUCCCGCGCGCGGUGCGGGCGGCGAAGGCGGCCGGUGGCUUCGCGACGAAGGUCGAGGUCGAGUGUCGCAGCUUAGAGGAGGCGAAUGCGGCGAUCGGGGCGGGGGCGGAUGUUAUUAUGCUGGAUAAUUUCACGCCUGAGGGCGUGCGCGACGCUGCGAGGCAGCUCAAGCAGCAGAAUGCGGCGAACGGCGGCAAGCAUUCCUUCCUGAUUGAAGUCAGUGGCGGGUUGAAUGAGAGCAAUGCCGCUUCGUACGCUUGUCCGGACGUGGAUAUUAUCUCGACAAGUUCUAUCCACCAGGGCACGGGGAUCGUGGACUUCUCUCUCAAGGUUUCGCUGCGGUGA